GGCCUGGCCUCGGCCGGCACCGCCAUGAGCUCCGGCGGCACCCUGAGUAUCCUACGCAGCGACUCCUACGCCGAACUCAGCCAGUACCGGGACCAGCAUUUCCGGGGGACGCGGUACGACCAGGAGCGGCUGCUGAGGAAGAGCUGCACACUGUACGUGGGGAACCUCUCCUUCUACACCACGGAGGAGCAGAUCCACGAGCUCUUCGGCAAAAGCGGCGACAUUAAGAAGGUCAUCAUGGGGCUGGACAAAGUGAAGAAAACCGCCUGCGGCUUCUGCUUCGUGGAAUAUUAUGCCAGAGGAGAUGCUGAAAACGCGAUGCGCUACAUCAACGGGACCAGACUGGAUGACAGGAUCAUCAGGACAGACUGGGAUGCAGGGUUUAAGGAGGGCAGGCAGUAUGGCCGUGGACGAUCAGGGGGGCAGGUCCGAGAUGAGUAUCGGCAAGACUAUGAUGCUGGAAGAGGUGGCUAUGGCAAAACUGUUCAGUGCCAGUGACUCCUCAGCCUCACCAGAGAACCAAAUCUGCAUAGUAAAUGUCCCCAGGCACAAAGCAGGUCUGUUACACACAGUUCACAGAAACUCCUGUCCACGUUCCUGUGGGCACAUCCUAUGUUCAAUACCUCUUUGUUUUAAUACCAGGAUCCAAAGCAUUGCAGAGGACCUGGGAGCAAGGCUUUAAGCAUUAGAAUGCUGAGGCUUUGGUCUCAAAUGCUGCUUACUGAAAGGAGCAAAGAUGUUAUGGUGCUUUUUUAGUUCUCUGGCAAAACUUGAUUAUUCUACUGGGUUCUGUUUACAUUGGGAUCUCAGAGUGGAGAGCAGUGAUAAAGGAUGAUUGGUGGGUGUUUCACAGAGGAAAGCAAAAGGCAAAGAGCCUGAAAAAGAAGUGGAAUUUAUUAGGAAUUUUUUCAAUUUCUAGAGAAGACUUUUAAGUUGCAGAUUUUCUGGCAUUACUGGAUUAGCAUCCUUUUCCAUUGAUGCUGUUCCUAGAAGGUUUACAUGAGCAGCCAUAAUAAAACAAAUUAGAUUGAGUUCAGGAAUCCAGAAGUGAGAAGCAGAGACAGGAAACAGACCUCUGCUGUCUUCUACAAAUUACAGUUGUGAUUGCAUGACGGAGAAGAGCAAAUACAAGAAUUGCAGUACUAUUGUUUCACAGUUUGAGUAUUAGAUCUCCAGAGCUUUAAUAUUUGAGGGCGGUAUCUUCUCUGUGCCUGUAAGGGUUGCAUGAAGCCAAGUUACCCCCAAAAUAGGAUGUUUGAGGAGCUGGGUUUAUAAUGAGAAAGUUUCUUCCCAAUACAGGUUUUCUGCUUGAGAAACUUGAUUUCAGACAACUUAAAAAUUGAAAUAAAAGAGUUUUGGGAGCAGUUUUGCUUUCUACUGAGCAUGUGCUAAGAAUGGUAAAAGGAUUUCAGAAUUGUGUAGCAUGUUAUGUUUUGGUUUUUCUCUUUUCCUGCUGGCUCCUAUUCAUACUGCUUGUUCAUAUGUUGGAAUUUUGAUGUACUGCAGAUGUAGGUUUAAAAAAUGUGAUCCCAAGAUCAAGGAAAUUGACCUGCUGAAAUGAAAUAGUUUAAAAAGAACUGUUACAGAGCUUUGAAAUUUCUUAAUGGACUUCUGAGUUCCAUGUAAAUGGCAAUUACUAAAGUUUUGUGCAAAUACCUUCUUGUCCAUGACUCCUUAUAAACUUUCAAAGGUGUGCAAAUGUUGAACUUUACUCACUGAAGGUAUUGUAGGGAAUUUUGAUGUGUUUCUUGCAUACAGUUAAUCACAACUGUUACUGUAAAUUGGAAGACAAGUGAGAUUGAGCAACUCCUUACUUAGGAAGUG